AAAGUAUGGGAAUAAAAUUUCUGCCUUUUAGACUGUGAAGGAUCUUCCCAGUGGUCUGAAGACCCGAAAAUAACAGCUUACUACCUUCUCGACAAUGAGGUGGCUUUGAGUGCUAAUCUGGGGCAGAGCCUAAAAAUGAUUCUUUAAACGUUGUAGCCCUCUUGUGGCCAUGGCUGCCCUUUUCUUCCACAAGAGCCUUGUUGUGAACAACAAGGACAAUGAUGAGCUGGAGCUGGAACGGGAGCUCACCCGAACAUUAGAGAACAAAGUAAUGCUCCUCUAUUUUGGCUCUGGUGAAUGUCCUCGAUGCCAAGAGUUUGCGCCCAUCCUGAAAGAAUUUUUUGUGAAACUCACAGAUGAGUUUUAUAUGGAGCGAGCAUCUCAACUAGUUCUCAUCUAUGUGUCACUGGACAACACAGAGGAAAAGCAAGACAAGUUUCUGAAGAAAAUGCCAAAGCGAUGGCUGUUUUUACCUUUCCAGGAUGAGUUCAAAAAGGAGCUGACAUUAAGAUUUUCAGUGACCCAUCCCCCUGUGGUGGUAGUUUUGAAACCAAAUGGUGAAGUCAUUGCUCCCAAUGCUGUGGAAGAAAUCAAAGAGCAAGGCACAGAUUGCUUCAAGAACUGGCAAGAGGCAGCUGAUUUGGUGGAUAGGAACUUCCUUUUAUCUCAGGACUCUGAGGAUGUGACCUUGAGAAGUAUCACUGAUCCCAUUCGGAGGUUCAAGUACAAACUGGUUAAGAACCAAAGAAAAACAAGAAGCAAAGGUGGUGAUAAGGGUGAAGUCUCCUGAUGAGAUGUUUCUUCUUGGAACUUCAGGUUGGUGAAUGUGAGUGUUCCCAAACCAUCACCUAUGAACAUUAGAUAUCUACAACCACACUGUGGUUGGACGCAGAAAUUGUUAAUUGUGGAUGUAUUUCGAGAUUUGAAAACCUAAAAUAUUUUUUUUCUAAAAGAAUAUGCAGCUAUGAAAUUCUUAGAUAUCUAUAUAGUGUUUAUUGUAAUUGGAACCUGGAAUGAACGUAUGUCAUUAUGCAUUCAAGGUACUCAAAAGGGCUGUGAACACUUUGAAAAUAAUUUGGAAGAGCUUCAGAUCUCAAAAAAACCACACAAUCUCUCUUUUUUUUCAGACUUUCUGAUGAGCCUGGAAAAAAAAAUCUUGUCUAUU